AUGAUCUACGAGGGCCACACGUCCCCCACUAUGGCUGCAGCUGGGAGCAGAGAAAUGCUUCGAGCAUGGCUACCACGUGGUCUGCAGACUGGUCGACCCCCAUGGUUGACCCCGUGGCUUCAAAAGGUGCCGCGACAACAGCGCCAGCUCUUUGGGGUCACAUUUGUAUACCCGAAAUCGAAUAGUAGAGACCUCCUCCAUUCUCACUUCGCCAUGACGUCCUGCGGACCGCUUAGGGCCCGAGGGGGCAACGCACACACUGGUCACAGGAGGGAAGAUGCUGAGACGCGUGCCUUCCAGCUCCAUGGCCGAAGAGCUCUCGCGUUCCGCAUGUCUCAGCGGGCUGAACCUGGAAGUCCCGCGCCAAGUGGAGACCGAGGAGAAACGGCUCCUGCCGCGGCUGUCCUCGUCCCUCAACACCGUCGGGAGGAUUGGAAUUUCGCCGAAGAACGUGAAGAAGUCGGUGGCGUCGCCGUUGGAACUUUCGCCGCUGAAACGGACGAAACAGCAAAUGCCAACAUGGAGCCAGCACCUCUCGUUCGAGUCGAGCCCGGAAACCCUUCGGGACAGCAGCAUGUCGGACUCCCUCGUCGGGUCCCUGUCCCCCCUUCACCCGAUCCGCUCGUCCAAGACCGAUCUCUCGUCCGUCUCGAGCGAAUCCCCCCUGUUGGACUUCUGCCGAAAGGCCUCCCGGGCCCAGAGGCGGUUCGAGUUCGCAUCGCCGGAGAGCCCACGGUGGACGUGCUGCUCGAACUCACCAAGCUGGGAGAUUGCCCACCUGCAUUAACCCUUCUUCUAUCUUACCUGUCGCCGAAAGACCUCUGCCGCGUGUGUGUCGUCUCGCAGGCGUGGCGACAGGCCGUCCUCGGGGAUCCCUGUUCCGACCGGAGGAGGAAGCGUUUCCUGGAAGAGUGCCGCAAGCUCAAGAAGCAGAUGGGGAAGGAGAACGUGGUUCGGAAGAGCUUCAGCGAAACUCCGUCAUCGAUAUCGCGAACGGGAAAGUCGUCACCCUGCAAGAACCUCUCAAACACGGACUUCUCCAGCGGCAGCGGCACCUCUGGUUCUUCCGAAACCCCCUACAGCCCCUCUAAACGCAAAUUUCUCACUUUCUUUGAGGCUGGCAGGAGGCUGAACAAGGACGAGCACUUGACCCCGUGCCCCCACUGCUCCUCUCCCGCACGGGUGGAUCGGCACACCCACCGGGCAGAAUGCACAGGACGCAGCUGCCACUAUUACUUCUGUUCCCGCUGCCUCACCCCACCCCACCCGAACAAUCCGUGCAGUUCCGUCCAGGGCCGACUGGAGCAGUCCGCUCCGGUCGGCAGUUCCAAGAGCCGGCGGAACCUCCGACGGCUCUGA